CCCUGAGGAAGAGGUUGCGCGUGUAGCGCACCGAGACCAUCCUGGCGGCCGUUGUAGUGCCGAGAGAGUCGCGCGAAGGUGUACAAGCAGGUGCUGCUACGUGGAACGGCCGGCUAGCGACUGUCGCCCCCGCCGAAGAUGCGAGAGAGAUUCGGACGUGUGCUUAUGUGCGAUAGGCUGCCUUUAUGUGUGGUGUGCCGUGGUGAUGGUAGUUUUCCGUCUUUCUCCAGCGCGUUAUCUCUCCGUCUCUCCUCUUCGCUCUCUUCGCGCUUGCCGUCGUCGAAAUAAGUAGUUCGCUGCGGCUGCUCGCGAUAAACGGGCCGACUACUACUCGGCUACCACUACUCUAUACUACUGCUGUUGCUGUUCUGGUGUGGUGGUCCGUCCUCGGGUUGGGAUACUUUUGUGCGAAAUUGAUGUGUGGCGCGGUACUCUCUGCCGCUCUGCGCGCGUAGUGUAUAGUGACGAUUCGCAACGGUUUCCUGACAGGACAUUCGGGGGGACGUCUUAAUCACCUACAGUGGUCCAAGUCGACGCAGUAAGCAUCAGUUGUGCACAGCUUUGACUUUCUGCUGAUUGAUGCAUAUUUUGUUUGUCAUGUUUCUCGAGUUGGUGCUAUUUGAAGACUGAUGUGAUUUGUUGAUGUUUUAAGAGGAACAAAUAUGCAACACAAACGUAUUUUCGUGACUGUAGGAACAACUAAAUUCGAUGAAUUGAUCAAGACUGUAACCAAUAAUGAUGUUUUAAAGGAGUUGAAUGAUAAAGGAUAUAACGAAUUAGUACUACAGAUUGGAAAGACAGACAUUGAGCCUGAUUGUACUCCCAGAUGCGGUUUCAGUCGCAUAGAAGCUUUCAAAUUGAGCCCAUCCUUGCAUGAGGCAAUGGAGUCUGCUGAUCUCAUAAUAAGUCAUGCUGGAGCAGGGAGUUGCUUAGAAGCUCUUGAGUUAGCUAAGCCUCUAAUUGUUGUUACAAAUGAUCUUCUCAUGAAUAACCAUCAGUUGGAACUUGCAGAACAACUUUACAAAAAUGGGCAUUUGUAUUAUUCAAACUGCAAAAACUUGGCAGGACUUAUUAAAUCAAUGGACUUAUCCAAGUUGAAACCAUUUCAAGGUGAUAAUAGUAAAGAGAUUGCAAAUGUGAUAGAUGAAAUAAUGGGAUUUCAAUAAAAGCUCUAACUUUCAAACCAUUUUAUACCUAUAAACAUUGCAACAAGUAAGAUGAGAACUAUGUAAGAAAACUUUUCUUUUAAUGAUAAUUUUAUAAUUUAUUAAAUACGUUUCUUUAGAAUCAAGCGUUAGAAAAAUAUGUUCUGCAACAAUUUUAAAAACGUUUUCUUUUAGAGGUUUAAAUAAUAACUUUCAUUUCUAGGAAAUCAUAAUCGUGACUUUAAUAGAUAUAUUUUAUUAUUUAACAUAAUUUACAGUAAAAUUACAUACAUCAUAUGCAGACAAUUUUUCUGCAAUAUUAUGUUCAACAUUAGAUGCAUUGGAACAGUAGUACCUUGUAGUUUAGUCUCAUUGAAAGCUCAAAGUGCCACAAGCUCUAACUUAUUUCAUAGAUACACUCUAU